AUAUAGUUCUGUCCUUUUGCGUUGUCAUGACCAAGAAAUGCAUUAAGUACCCUACUUUCUGUUGGUUGGAAACAUUAUGCAUUAUUCAUAUUAAAAGGCAAAAAAUCGUUCUUUCGACUUUACAUACCAGAACUAACAGAUAUUUCGGCUGCAGUAACUUUUCAGACGCUACGUAGAAGUGUGACUCGAACUUUCGUCCAAGGUGGUGCUGAGGCUGGACAUCGGGUGACAGCUAAAUUUCCGAGUUUAGGUCCGGCACCUUUUAUAGGCACAAUUCCUUGCCCACAUUUUUCGUGUUUUGUGUAUUUUGCGUAUUUUGACUGCAGGGGAAUCAAAGAGAAGCAUCGAACAUGAAUAAUCAACAACGGGGUCUGGAACGUAUGAAGGGGACUGAAACACCUACAUUCAGUUGUGGAAGGACAAACAACAUACCGUCUGUAACUUUACCACCUGAUGUAACAGAUAAUUUAACAGAUCUGUAUCAGGUAGUUUUUAGAACCAGCAUUCACCCACCUCUGAUGCAACAGGCUCCUUACACAAAUGCAUCUCCUUAUAAAGAGAAAUGGCAUGCUCGAAAACCUUCAGACAGAAUAGGAAAUACCUAUUCCUUAAAAUGCUGUGACAUUAGCAUGGCAGAAAUUCAAAAGAGGAGGAUUGAAAAAGUAGAAAAACGGAAAGUUGAACAGUUGAUGAAUCCACAAGUGCCACAAACCCACAAAAAGAAAAAAACAGGAGUUCAGUUUUAUGGCCAUCAGCAGUAUGAAGUGCCAGAGAGAAUGGUACCUCCUAGCAGACCUAUGACUCCAUCUGAACAAAUAAACAUAAUGCUAGACAUUGAAGCGGAAGAAAUUCAGCGACAUGGCCUUCCUUCAGAGAGGGAUGUUGAGCGAUACUACUACUACAUCAGUAAAGGUGUACCCAAGCCUAUGUUAGAACCUCAAUCUCAGGAACAGCUACACAGAAUCCAAAAGCUAGUUCCUGAAAAAUUCCUUCUGAAUGAAGAUCAGGAGUUUAUAAGCUCGAGAGUAAGCUUAUUCCAAGAGAUUGAUGAGGCUUACAAUAGUGCAAUGUGUAAAGCAAUUGUUGAUUUCAUUUUGAAUGAUCCUGAGGAGAGAAAGCGGUUAUUCAUCUGUCGGGUUCCUCAGCCAUACCCUCAUCGAGUGAUUCGUUCUCCUGUACCAUGGCAUGAAAGUUACCAGGAAGCAAAAAACAUUAUUGAGCAAAACCUGUUUACUACUAAUCCUAUGAUGCUGAAGUUGCAGAAACUUUGGGUUGAUGAAUAUGGCCACUUGAGAUUUUUGGAUAUAAGCAAGUUGAAAACAGCUAAUUUCCCAGUGCUUCCCUCUGACCUUGAGAAUAUUGUCAAAGAAUGUUGCAGGGAAGCUCACAAAUGCUUGCAAAAUAAUUGGGUUCCAUCCUGUGCAAAACUUUUCAUUGACUACCAAGAGACCUGGGCGCAUCUGGUGCCUCCAAGAGAGAAAGAUUCUACAGAGAUGGUGGAAAAAUUCUUUACCUGUGUAGCAGGCCUAAUGUCUCAACAGCUCCGUGGCAUGGUGUUUAACACUAUGGCUGACUUUGUGGCUUUCUUAAGUAUUUAUCAGACAGGAAAUGACUAUGAUGAAGAAUUUGAUGAAUUCAGGUUUCUUGAGACAUCUCUCAUAAUAAUGAAAAUGAAAGUAGAUGAGUCCUCAAAUAUUGUAAUGGAUCCCACCUUCGAUGAAGCAUGUGAACUCAUCAUACGCUGCUUCUUAGAAAUUGUCCAUGCUGGAGAAGGUAUUUACAGAGUGGAGUCAGAACUCUUUCCAGACCUUCAAGAACAGAAAUUGUAUCUAAGGUCUGUCAACACAGAGGAAUAUCUUGUGAAAGAAUUUGUGGGGCAGGCUUUGAGUAUCUUCAGACUCAACACACUAGGGCCUUUGAAAUACAUCGGGUCUUAUGACGAAUAUUCAGAUCUACUGAACAGCAAAGCAGAUGAUGACAUAACUUUAUUUCUGAAGGACCCUCAAACUUAUGAUAUGGAAAAACAGCAAGAGAAUCUCAAAACAGCGUCAAGAGAGCCAUACCUUCCAUAUGAAAUGCGUCGACUCUUUACACAUAAAGUUAGAGCUGUAGUUUCUAUAAAAGAUCAGAUUAAGCUCCUGAGAAUUACAGCACCGUUGAACAUGGUGUGCCUGUAUCUAGAACCCAUCAAUAACGAGCUGGUAGAGAGAGCUUACAAACUUGAGAUGCGGCUUAUCAACUAUGAGGUUGAGGAAAAUCACAAAAUUAACCAAGGUAUCUGUAAUGAAUACGAGAAGAUUAAGGAAGUUCUCAGUUCCCUUCCAAGCGACACAGAAAAUCUGGUUAAAGUGCAAAAGUUUCUACUAGAGAGUGAAGACCAGACUGUGUAUCAACUGAAGGCUGGAGUUGAAGAGGCUGCUGAAAGACUUUUGUACCUGUUAGAUUAUGCAAUCUUCCCAGAAUCUGAUCUCAAAUUGCACUGCACCAUGUUCAAGUGGCAUGGAGUCCUUAUGGAUAUUUUCCUGACCCAAGGCAGUCAGAUUACAAAAAAGCGAGAGAUAUUGGAGGAAGACCUUCAGAAGCGACUAUUAGAAUUUGUAGAGAAGGUGAAAGUGAUGGAAAUUCAAGUCAAAUCAUACCUUAAAAAAGAUCUUGCACCUGGAAAAAGGUAUCCUACUGUGGAUGAAUUGAAAGAGAAUACUCAGUCUCUGAAGAAACUUGUGGAAGAUAUUGAAGCUGCUCAGGAUGAGCUGACAAGGCUUAAUGCUGAGGAAGUUCUGCUCGAAAGAGAGGAGACACUUUUUCCUCAGAUUUCAGCAAUAAUUGCUUCCAAAGAACCCCAUGAAAAACUCUGGAACACUGCAUGGGAGUUUUAUAAAAAGAAUGAACUUUGGAUGAACGGCCCAUUUAAUCAGCUGAACUCUGAGAAAAUAGAGCAGGAAGUUGGAGACAUGUGGCGCACUGUUUACAAGCUAUGUAAAGCCUUCGUUGACCAGCUUGGUCCAAAACGCAUUGCAACAAGUGUGCUGAGAAAAAUCGAUGCUUUUAAACUUAACCUUCCCAUACUGCAUUGUAUCUGCAAUCCAGGUAUUCGUCCCAGGCACUGGGUGCAGAUGAGUGCUAUAAUGGGGCAAGACAUUUCACCUCAGGAAGAUACUUCAUUGCAAAGCAUGCUGGAAUUCAACUUAACAAACUUUCUUCCACAACUGGAAGAAAUUGGGAUUGCAGCAUCAAAGGAGUACUCUCUGUUAAAAGCACUUGAUAAGAUGCAGUUGGAUUGGAAGGAGCUGGCCUUUAACUUGAUUCCUUACAAAGAGACAGGAGUACAUGUCUUGUCAUUUGGAGACGAAAUUCAGUUGCUGUUGGAUGAUCACAUUGUAAAGGCUCAGACAAUGUGUGGUUCACCUUUUAUCCAGCCAAUUGCAAAUGAGAUGACAGCCUGGGAAAGAAAGCUUGUACUCAUGCAGGAAAUCAUAGACGAAUGGUUGAAGGUCCAGUCAACAUGGAUGUACCUAGAACCUAUCUUUACCUCUGAGGACAUUUGUGGCCAGAUGCCUGAAGAGGGGAAUAAGUUUAAAAUUGUGGAUAAAUACUGGCGUGACAUCAUGCAGGAAGUAUCUAAAAAUACAAACUGCAUUGUAGCCACAGAUGUACCAAAUAUGCUCGACCACCUCAAAAAAGCAAAUGUUUUGCUUGACGACAUCCAGAAGGGUUUGAACAACUACUUGGAUGACAAGCGCCUUUACUUUCCCAGGUUUUUCUUCCUGUCCAAUGAUGAGUUGCUGGAAAUCCUGUCUGAAACUAAAGAUCCACUUCGUGUACAGCCACACCUAAAGAAGUGCUUUGAGGGAAUUAAUUCUCUGAAUUUCACUGCGAAUUUAGAGAUUCUUGGCAUGGUUUCUGUAGAAAAAGAGGUCGUUCCAUUUGUUGAGAAGUUGCUUCCACAGGAAGCUAGGGGCAUGGUAGAAAAAUGGCUUCUGCAAGUGGAGAAAAUGAUGAUUAAAAGUGUAAGAAGUGUGAUAAAAAAUUCUAUAUUUGCCUACGAAAAGACUCCGCGCAAGGCUUGGGUCCUUAAAUGGCCAGGGCAAGUUAUCUUGUGUGUCUCCUCCAUCUACUGGACAACAGAGGUGACUGAUGCUGUACAAAAACAGGAUGGUUUGAAGAAAUACCUGGAAUUGAGUAAUAAACAGAUUGAGGAUAUUGUGGAUCUUGUUCGUGGGAAGCUAGAACCAGGAUCACGCAUUACCCUUGAGGCACUUACCGUCAUCGAUGUACAUGCCCGUGAUGUAGUUGCUGAUAUGACAGAAAAGAAGGUCACCAGUCCACAAGACUUCAUUUGGCUGGCACAGUUGCGGUAUUAUUGGAUAAAUAAUGACAUCAUGGUGCACAUGAUUACCACAGAACUGUCCUAUGGCUGUGAGUAUUUGGGAAAUUCAUCUCGUCUCGUCAUCACCCCACUCACUGACAGGUGUUAUAGAACUCUGAUGGGAGCUCUGAAACUGAACCUUGGAGGUGCCCCGGAGGGCCCUGCAGGUACAGGUAAAACUGAGACAAGCAAGGAUCUGGCCAAAGCUGUGGCCAAACAGUGUGUAGUGUUCAACUGCUCAGAUGGCCUUGACUUUAAGGCCAUGAGCAAAUUCUUCAAGGGUCUGGCACAAUCUGGGGCCUGGGCUUGCUUUGAUGAGUUCAAUCGAAUUGAGCUGGAGGUGCUGUCUGUGGUAGCCCAGCAAAUUCAGUGCAUCCAGCUUGCUAUUGCAGCACAUCUCAAGAUCUUCAUCUUUGAGGGUACUGAGCUGUCUUUGGAUCCCACCUGCACAAUCUUCAUCACUAUGAACCCUGGUUAUGCUGGCAGGUCAGAACUGCCAGACAACCUCAAGGUUCUUUUUAGAACGGUGGCCAUGAUGGUUCCAGACUAUGGAAUGAUUGGAGAGAUUGUCUUGUAUUCAAUGGGCUUUGUCAAUGCAAGAAGCUUGUCCAAUAAAAUUGUAGCUACAUACCGUCUUUGCUCGGAGCAGCUGUCCUCUCAGCACCAUUAUGACUAUGGCAUGAGAGCAGUCAAAUCUGUGUUGACAGCAGCUGGUAAUCUGAAGCUCAAGUACACAGAUACUGAUGAGUCUGUUCUACUCCUUAAAGCCAUCAAUGAUGUAAACAUGCCAAAAUUUUUGGCUCAGGAUGUGCCUCUAUUUGAAGGCAUUAUUUCUGACCUCUUCCCUGAGGUGAAGUUACCCCAGCCAGAUUAUGGUGCCUUUCUGGAGGCUGUUAAGGAAAAUUUGUUCCAGAGAAAAUUACAGCCAGUUCCUUGGUAUCUUGGAAAGAUUAUCCAGGUUUAUGAGAUGAUUCUUGUGCGUCAUGGCCUGAUGAUCGUGGGACAACCUCUAGGAGGAAAGACCAUGAGCUAUCAGUGCCUUGCAGAUGCACUUACUAGUUUGGAAAUUUCUGGGAGAUACCCUGAACACAAGACUAUGUACCGCAUCAUCAAUCCUAAAUCCAUCACUAUGGGCCAGCUGUAUGGCUGCUUUGACCCCAUAUCACAUGAGUGGUUUGAUGGUAUACUUGCCACGACUUUCCGAGAGUUUGCCUACAUGACAAGUGAAGACAGAAAGUGGAUCUUGUUUGAUGGUCCAGUUGAUGCUGUUUGGAUUGAAAAUAUGAAUACUGUACUUGAUGAUAACAAGAAGCUCUGUCUGAUGAGUGGAGAGAUCAUCAAGAUGAGUAAUUCUAUGAAUUUGAUCUUCGAGCCAGCAGACCUGGAACAGGCUUCACCAGCCACUGUCUCCAGAUGUGGUAUGAUUUACCUUGAACCUCACCAGCUUGGCUGGAAGCCGUUAAUGAAGUCCUAUAUGGACUACAAUUUGCCAAAGACUAUGACAACAGAACAGCUGGAUAUCAUAGAAGAAUUGUUCAAGUGGCUGAUAGACCCAUGUCUGGAUUUUGUGCAUCACCACUGUCAUACAGUUAUUACAACCUCUGAUAUGCACAUGGUGCUUUCAUUUAUGCGACUGUAUACUGCACUCAUGGAUGAAAUUUUCUGGUCUUUGGAUGGACCUCCUGAAGGGACCACUAUAACCCCUUUAACUGAUCAGCAGAUAAUCUUCUGGCUGCAAGGCCUGUUUGUCUUUGCUUUGAUCUGGACCAUUGCUGGCACUGCUUAUGGAGACAGCAAGAAAAAGUUUGAUGAGUUUUAUCGUCAGCUUCUUCUGGAUCAGAAUCCAGACUAUCCAAGACCUAAGGUCGUUAAGAUGACAAAGGCACAACUGUUCCCAGAACGAGACACUGUCUUUAGCUACUUCUUCCAAAAAAGGAGCACAGGAAACUGGAUAGGUUGGCUUGAGAUGGAAGAAAAGAAAAGAGAAAUGCAGUCUGAUCUUGACAAGGUUAGUGAUUUGAUAGUUGACACCAAUGAGACAACACGACAGGCCUUCUUUUUGCGCACUUUUCUGGUGAAAGAAAUGCCUGUUCUCAUUGUUGGUCCCACUGGCACAGGCAAGUCUGCCAUCACCAACAACUUUCUUGUCCAACUGCCAAAAGACAUGUAUAUCCCCAACUGUAUUAACUUCUCAGCAAGAACAACAGCCAACCAGACACAGGACAUCAUCAUGUCCAAGCUUGACAGGCGGCGUAAAGGUGUCUUUGGACCACCAGUGGGCAAAAAGUGCGUUGUGUUUGUGGAUGACUUGAGCAUGCCAGCGAAAGAAGUGUAUGGAGCACAACCCCCAAUCGAGCUACUUCGGCAGUGGAUAGACCAUAACCACUGGUAUGACAAGAAAGACAACUCUAAAAUCAUGCUGACAGAUUUGAUUUUUAUCUCUGCCAUGGGACCUCCUGGAGGUGGCCGCAAUGAUAUCUCCAGUCGACUAACUCGCCAUACAAAUAUAAUUACCAUUGAUGAGUUUGAUGACUCCAUUCUGUAUCGGAUAUUUGGCACCAUCACUGAUCUUCAUUUUAGCAAAGGGUUUGAAGCUGCUGUUGUUAGGAAUGGAAAGUUACUUGUGACAGGCACUAUGAAUGUGUACAAGAGCUCUAUUGCCAUGUUUCUGCCCACACCCACCAAGUCACACUAUGUCUUUAACCUGCGAGACUUUUCACGGGUUAUCAAAGGUGUCUUGCUUGCACCAGCAGUGAGAAUGUCAGAGCCUGACAAGUUAGUUCGCCUGUGGAUACAUGAAGUCUAUCGAGUCUUUUAUGACAGGCUGAUAGACCAGGGAGACAGGGAGGCUUUCUUUGAGACUGUGUCCAAAGAGUGUCGAGACUGUUUCAAACACUCUAUUGACAAGUAUCUAGGUCAUCUAGUUACUGGUGGCUCUCUGAAAGAUGAUGAUAUUCGAGGCUUGUUUUUUGGUGAUUACUUAAAUCCCGAUUCCAAAGUGUAUGAUGAAAUUACCGACUUCAAACAACUCACAGAAGUCAUGGACCACUAUCUUGAUGAAUACAACACUGUGAGCAAAACACCAAUGUCAUUUGUCAUGUUCAAAUUUGCCAUUGAACACAUCUCUCGUGUCUCCCGGAUUCUGCUGCAAGCUAAUGGCCAUGCCCUUCUUGUUGGCGUCGGAGGUUCUGGUCGCCAAAGUGCAGCAAAGUUAGCUUCUUUCAUGGCUGACUAUGAGUUGUUCCAGAUUGAGAUCACUCGUACAUAUGAUGUGAAUGACUGGAGAGACGAUUUAAAAAGGCUGCUUAGGAAAUCAGGAACAGAGGGUAAGAGUUUGGUAUUCCUAUUUCCUGACACUCAAAUCAAAAGUGAGUCAUUCAUGGAAGACAUCAGCAUGAUUCUUAAUACUGGUGAUGUACCAAACAUCUUUGCUGCAGAUGAGAAAGCAGAGAUCAUCGAAAAAAUGCAGACAGUAGCCAAAAAUGAAGGAAAGAGGAUGGAGGCGACUCCCCUGAUCAUGUACAAUUAUUUUAUAGAAAAGGUCAAGGAUAACUUGCACAUUGUGCUUGCAAUGAGUCCUGUUGGUGAUGCUUUUCGAAACCGCCUUCGAAUGUUUCCCUCGCUCAUCAACUGCUGUACUAUCGACUGGUUUCAGGCAUGGCCAGAGGAUGCCCUUGAUAUGGUUGCAAACAAAUUUCUCAUGGAACUUGAAAUGGAAAAGGAGAUGCGGGAGGCUUGUGUUAUACUUUGCAAGCAUUUCCAUAAUUCUGCACAAAUGCUUUCUCUCAGAUUUCUUGACAUUUUGCGACGAUAUAAUUAUGUGACACCCACAUCAUAUCUAGAGCUUAUCAUGACCUUCAAGACCUUGUUGAGUGUCAAGCGGGAGAAUGUGAGGAUGAUGAAGAAUCGCUAUGUCACUGGCUUGGAGAAGCUGGCGUUUGCUGCAUCACAAGUGGCCGUCAUGCAGCAAGAGUUGCAAAGUCUGCAGCCAGAACUUAUACAGACUUCACAAGAAACAGAUUCAAUGAUGAUCAAGAUUGAGGAGGAGACAAAAGAUGUUGAUGCUGUGAAAGAGGUUGUAGCUGCAGAUGAAGCUGUAGCUGAUAAGGCUGCUGCAGCUUCACAAGCCAUCAAAGAGGAGUGUGAGAGUGACCUGGCAGAGGCCAUUCCUGCUUUGGAGGCAGCCCUAGCUGCCCUUAAUACACUCAAGCCGUCUGACAUCUCCCUUGUCAAAUCUAUGAAGAACCCUCCAAGUGCUGUGAAGCUGGUGAUGGAGUCUGUGUGCGUAAUGUUUAACAUCAAGUCUGAGCGCAAACCUGAUCCUGGUGGCUCAGGAAAGAUGAUUGAGGACUAUUGGGGGCCAUCUCAGAAACUCCUUGGUGACUUGAAAUUCCUUGAGAAACUGAAAGAAUAUGAUAAGGACAAUAUUGCUCCAGCAGUCAUGAAGCGUAUCCGUGAAAAGUAUAUGACAAACCCUGAGUUUGAUCCAGCAAUUAUAGCCAAGGCAUCUACAGCCUGUGAAGGUCUGUGUCGCUGGGUGCGAGCAAUGGAUGUGUAUGACCGAGUAGCCAAAAUUGUUGCUCCCAAAAAGGAAAAAUUAGCUGAAGCGGAAGGUGAACUUGCUGUCCAAAUGAAAAAGCUUGGAGAAAAACGGUUGGAGUUGAAGAAAGUGCAAGAUAAGCUGGAUAAUCUCAAUACUACAUUAGCCGCAAUGAUAAAAAAGAAGAAAGAGCUAGAGAGCAACAUAGAUCUAUGUGCAAAGAAGCUGGAUCGGGCAGAGAAGCUGAUUGGAGGACUUGGUGGAGAGGAAGAAAGGUGGACAGAGAAUACUCGAGUCCUUGGUGAGCUUUACAUCAAUGUUUUGGGAGAUGUCCUUCUGUCUUCUGGCAUAGUUGCCUACCUGGGGGCCUUCACUGUUGACUUCAGACAAGAUAUAAUCAAGGAAUGGUGUGCUAUGUGCCAGAAAAACAAAAUACCAUGUUCCAAAGCAUUUACUUUUAGUGCCACUCUGGGUGAGCCAGUGGCUAUUCGUGCUUGGAACAUUGCUGGCUUACCUGCUGAUGCCUUCAGUGUGGACAAUGGCAUCAUCAUAUCAAAGUCUCGUCGAUGGCCACUGAUGAUUGACCCUCAAGGUCAGGCUAACAAGUGGAUCAAAAACUUAGAGCAGGUAAACCAGCUCAGUGUCACCAAGCUGUCUGAUGCAAAUUUUGCAAGGAUCUUGGAGAACUGCAUCCAGUUCGGUACACCAGUACUCCUUCAGAAUGUAGGAGAGGAGCUUGAUCCACUCUUGGAUCCAGUCUUACAAAAGCUGACCUUCAAACAGCAGGGUGUGGAAUGCAUACAGCUGGGAGACACUGUGGUGGAAUACUCAAAGGACUUUAAGCUCUACAUCACCACUGGGCUACGAAAUCCACAUUACUUGCCUGAAGUUGCAGUCAAGGUGUGCCUGCUAAACUUUAUGAUCACACCCCAAGGACUGGAAGACCAGCUGCUGGGUAUUGUGGCCGCUAAGGAGAAGCCAGAGCUGGAAGAGAAAAAGAACCAACUCAUCAUUGAGGGUGCACAGAAUCAAAAGCAGCUGAAAGAGAUUGAGGACCAAAUUCUGGAGAUUCUGUCAUCAUCACAGGGGAAUAUUCUUGAAGAUGAAGCUGCUAUCACAAUGCUGUCUUCAUCCAAAGUCUUGUCUGAAGAGAUCUCAGUCAAGCAGGAGAUUGCUGCAGUCACAGAGAAGGAAAUUGAUGAGACUCGCAACAUCUACAGACCUGUUGCUGUACACUCAUCCAUCCUCUUCUUCUGUAUCUCUGACUUGGCUAACAUCGAGCCCAUGUACCAGUAUUCUCUCACCUGGUUUAUCAACCUCUACCUGCAGUCCAUCAUGAACAGCACACCCUCAGAUGAUGUAGACCAGCGUAUACACAACUUAAAUGAGCACUUCACUCAUAGUAUCUAUCGCAAUGUGUGCCGCUCCUUGUUUGAAAAGGAUAAACUGCUUUUUUCCUUUAUCCUAUGUAUUGGAAUUUUAAAAGGAAAAGGUAAAGUAUCAGAAGAUGCUUGGCGUUUCCUGCUGACUGGAGGAAUAGCUCUGGAUAAUCCUUAUCCUAAUCCUGCACCUGAAUGGCUAGGAGACAAAUCCUGGGGUGAGAUUGUUCGUGCUUCAAAACUUCCAGGUCUCGUUGGCAUGAUGAAUCAUGUACAGAACAAUACAGCACUGUGGAGAGACUUCUAUGACUCAGCUUCUCCACAGACAUACACACUUCCUUCACAGUUUGCUGAACUGAAAGGAUUAGACUUCAUGGUCGUUUUGCGCAUAUUCCGUCCUGACAAAAUAGUAGCAGCAACACAAAACUUCAUAGCCUUAAAUCUGGGUCAUAGCUUCAUUGAGCCUCCAACAUUUGACUUGGUGGGGUCAUUUGCAGACUCCAACUGCCUUAUACCUUUAAUUUUUAUCUUAUCUCCUGGCGCUGACCCCAUGGCUGCUCUUCUCAAGUUUGGUGCUGACACGGGGUACACCAGUGACAAGAUCAAACCUAUUUCACUUGGGCAGGGCCAGGGUCCCAUUGCAGCAGCCAUGAUUGAUGCUGCCAUCAAAGAUGGUACAUGGGUGGUGCUUCAGAACUGUCAUUUAGCCACAAGCUGGAUGCCAUCACUGGAGAAAUUAUGUGAAGAGGUGAUAGUUCCAGCUAACACCAGUAAGGACUUCCGCCUCUGGCUGACCAGCUAUCCCUCAGAACAUUUUCCUGUGUCCAUUCUACAAAAUGGUGUAAAGAUGACCAAUGAGCCGCCCAAGGGUUUGCGAGCCAAUAUGCUGAGGUCUUUUCUCAAUGACCCUAUUUCAGAUUCAGAAUUUUUCAAUGGUUGCAAUAAGCCAGAAAAGUGGCACAAGAUGCUGUUUGGCCUGUGCUUCUUCCAUGCCUUGGUUCAAGAGCGCCGGAAGUUUGGGCCACUAGGUUGGAACAUCCCAUAUGAAUUUAAUGAGUCAGACCUUUGCAUCAGUAUGAGACAGAUGUUGAUGUUUUUGAAUGACUAUGAAGAGCUGCCCCUGGCUGCCUUAACUUACCUGACAGGAGAGUGCAACUAUGGUGGCCGUGUAACCGAUGAUAAAGACCGCAGGCUAUUGAUUUCUCUUCUCUCCAUCUUCUACAAUGAGAAAAUCGUCACAGAUGAUAAUUACAAGCUGUCUCCUAGUGGCAUCUAUUAUGUUCCAAGUGAGGGACCAUAUGAAAGUUACAUUGAAUACAUUCGAACCCUGCCAAUCAACCCCACCCCGGAAGUUUUUGGUCUCCAUGAAAAUGCAGAUAUCACAAAAGACAACCAAGAGACUCAGCUGUUGUUUGAAAGCAUCCUCCUGACCCUACCCAGGCAGACAGGUGGUGGUGGUAAAUCUUCUGGUGAAGUCAUUGAGGAACUUGCUGCUGAUAUACUCAGCAAGUUGCCACCAGACUUUGAUAUGGAACAUAUCAUGAAUAAAUACCCAGUGGUAUAUGAAGAGUCUAUGAACACUGUGCUGAGGCAGGAGCUCAUCCGCUUCAAUCGGCUGACCAGAGUUGUUCGGAAUUCUCUCAUCAAUCUACGCAAAGCAAUCAAAGGCAUAGUAGUUAUGUCUUCUCAGCUGGAAGAGGUUUUCAACAGUAUGCUUGUUGGGAGAUUGCCCUCUGUAUGGGCAGCCAACUCCUAUCCUUCCCUCAAACCUCUUGGUUCUUAUAUCAACGACCUACUGAUGAGGCUUAGUUUUUUCCAGGAUUGGGUCAUCAAUGGAGUACCAAAAGCAUUCUGGAUUUCAGGCUUUUAUUUCACACAGUCCUUUCUGACAGGUGUUUUACAAAACUUUGCUCGCAAGUAUCAUAAUCCCAUUGACUUGGUAGGGUUUGAGUUUGAGGUCAUGAAGGAAGAAAAGGAAGUGGCGUGCAAACCAGAGGAUGGAGCCUACAUUUAUGGGUUGUUCUUGGAGGGAGCUCGCUGGGAUCCUUGUGGAAAGGUCAUUGGAGAAUCUGUGCCUAAGAUCCUCUUUGACACUUUGCCUGUUAUCUGGUUGAAACCUAAUCGUGUGGAACAUUUCAAAAGGAUCCCUCAUUACAAGUGUCCUGUAUACAAAACAUCAGCAAGACGAGGUGUCCUGUCUACCACUGGCCACUCUACCAACUUUGUCAUAAUUAUUCUCCUGCCCUCGAAAGAGCCAGAAAACUACUGGAUCAACCGUGGAGUGGCCUCUCUUUGUCAGCUCAGUGAUUAACUGCAGUAGCAUCGCCUGCUUUUGCCAUGUUUCAUACAGGGUAUCCUUGACUAGCCUAAGAAAUGUGAAUUUUUAAUUUCUUGGCAUUUACCAAGCAUCAUUUAAAGCAAUCCGUUUGUUUUUAUAAACAUUUAAAUGCAGUAUUAAACUAAAGUACCAUUUUUUCAAAUCCAAAGCCAUGUAACAGAGUGAAGUUAAGCUGCACAAGGAGGUUAAGCUGAACAAUGCCUGUUCCAGUGGACCUAGAUCCGCAAUACUGUAUGUUACGUUUGCUCAAAUUGCUCAGCUCAGCUUUAUGUGAUUUAGGAAAUUUUUUUAAUCAUUUUUUAUAUAACUACAAAGGAAACUCAAAGUGUACAAAAUGUUUAUUCCAGGAUAUAAAUGAAAAAACAUUUCAUUUUACAAAUAGACUUGGAAAUGUCAAAUGGAAAAGUGUUAGUAAUGAUAGCUAUGUAGUCUUUAGUUAGGGAAGGCAAUAAUAAAAUUUAACAGAGGGAUAAAGACUGCGUUGUUUUCUCUUUUACAUGCAACAUGUAGCAUAAACUCUUCAAGUCAAAAUAAGAAAUCUAUAGUUAAAGUGAUUCACUUUGUAAUAUGGACAAAUAUGGACGAAAUAAUCCCCAUUUAGGGCAGAAGCACUUGUGUUUAACAUGACUAUGUUUGUACAUUUUAGAUCGUUACAUUAAAUUUGCAUAAGAUU